UGGUCAUGGAUAUUUUUGACUGGCGAAUGUUCGUGAAUUAGGCUCGGUUUCGGUUUAAUAUUAUUAUCUACGGAUUAAUACGGUGUACUGUAUUACGCGUACUCACGUUUUAUGCCGAGUAUGGUAGGGGUGUGGCGUCAAGCACGAGCCUUCUUCCGGCACGAUGACGCAGAUACGUAGCUUGUUUAACCGAUCGUUAUCUCGUACAGAAAAGUGUUCUGUUAGUGUAUGUUAACUGUCAGACGCACAGGUUUCCACAAAAUGUGCAUAUUAUCUUUUCUUCGUCGAGCUAACGAGAUUCUCGGGGACGAUGAAAAAAUGCCAAACUAAUAUAGUGAAUUAAUUUCGAUCUAAUUUGGUCGACAGUGAAGCAUUCGAGUGUAAAUUUGUUUACUGUUCCACGGUUAUCUUGAUCCCAUUUAAUCUGAUAGUUCAAAACUCCACCUCCGAUUUCUACAUAGUUACACAACUUAGUAACGGUGACGUACGAAUGGAUAAUAUAUCGCCGGAAGUAAUUAUUAAAUGAUUGGUGCCGAGAAACUAUGGGAUCUAUGAGCUCAAACAUUUUGUGUACACGCAUCUCGCGAUAUGAUACGUGACAGUAUCAGAGAAUAACUAUCUAACGCCUACGGACUAGCUCGAUGUUACACAAUGUUUGUUUUCUGUAAUGUAAUUUAAAAUGUUAGGUACGUGGGAUUGGUAACAAUGUGUAACUCACAUGUUCAGUGGUGAGCAUGACGCAUAGGUUUUCCUAGAGCAAAUUACGUAGGGGUAAGAAACGCACCACCCGUUUUAGUUUCUCCAAUUUUUACAAUUCACUAAAUUUUCAACUUAGUGUAGAUACUUGAAAACCCCCUCCAACUUUCUUAAAAAAGUUUUCGUUGCACCUGUGUAUAUAUGCAUCUGAUAUUGGGCGUAUACGUUAAGACACUUCGAUAUAUUUAUAAUUCCGACACGUUUAAAUUAUGAUAAGCAAAAAGUUACGUAUGAAGUCAAAAUCCAAAGUUUAAUUCUCACAACGUAUAGUAAAUUUUGUUAAUUAUUUUAUGCUGUUUCUUUGCUGUAUAAUCGUAAAAUCGAUUAUUGUAUAAGCACACAUCAAAUGGGAAAUUAUUUUCGUCCAACCGGCGUUUAAGUAAUUCUCUACCGGUCUGUAUUUAUUGACCGCGAUAAGAAUUUUUUAUAGAAUUCCUCUUUAGAUAUGCAGCUAUAACCUCCAAGAUGUUAGCGCAAGCUACGUCAACGUUUUCUUGAAUAACAUAGCACAGUGACCAAGUUCUUCUUCACAGUUUGAUCAUCGAGUUCACGUCGUAUAAUUUGAGCAAAUGUAAUAACAGUCAAAUAGAAUUUCUGAUUUUAUAACCUUGAAUUAUUGGCGAUUAAUCCAUACGUGAUGAUCAGUUGUAUUGGUAUGUUAUCUUAUCGCGUGUUAAAUUUGAAUCAUAUUGCCGAAGGGAAGUGAUGUGAAAGACAUUUCAUCUAACAAACAACAAUAUGGAAGUAGCGAGUACGAAGGUGAUACAAUGGUUCAACGAACUCAGAGCUCGUUUUCAUCUUUAUUUGUACGCUCAAAAUCUUGGUCCUAUAAGAGCAGAAAAUGGUGGGUCCCAAGGUGACGAUCGGCGGUCAUCGCAACACGAUAGUAGCGAGGAAAGGGUGGUUUUCAUAAAUGCUCCUCACCAGCCCGCAAAAUACAAAAAUAAUCACAUUACUACCGCAAAGUACUCAUUUCUUUCGUUCAUACCUAUGUUCCUUUUUGAACAAUUUCGUCGAUACAGUAAUUGCUUCUUCCUGUUCAUCGCCCUUAUGCAGCAAAUACCGGAUGUAUCACCUACAGGUCGUUAUACAACUUUGGUUCCAUUAAUUUUUAUUCUUAGUGUGUCUGCAUUGAAAGAAAUAAUUGAAGAUAUUAAAAGGCAUAGGGCAGAUGAUGAGAUCAAUAUGCGUGAAGUAGAGGUUUUGAGAGAUGGGCAUUGGCAAUGGAUUCAGUGGCGGCAUGUUGCAGUUGGUGAUGUAGUUAAGGUCCGUAACAACAAUUUCUUCCCUGCUGAUUUGAUCUUGUUAUCAUCAUCGGAGCCACAGGGUAUGUCUUUCAUAGAGACUGCCAAUUUGGAUGGAGAAACAAAUUUGAAGAUACGGCAAGCCCAUCCUGACACUGCCAGUCUCUUGGAUACUGCAGAAUUAAUGAAUUUUCGUGCAAAUAUUCAGUGUGAGCCACCAAACAGGCAUCUGUAUGAGUUUCAUGGAGUAUUAAGGGAAACUAAUAAACAAAGCGUAGCUUUGGGACCUGAUCAAGUAUUGCUUCGUGGAGCAAUGCUAAGGAAUACGCGUUGGGUUUUUGGUGUAGUAAUCUAUACAGGGCAUGAUACUAAACUUAUGCAGAAUAAUACUACAACUGCACCUCUCAAAAGGUCUACAUUGGACCGACUGACCAAUACACAAAUACUCAUGUUGUUCUUUAUACUUCUUUUAUUGUGCCUUCUGUCUGCAGUAUGCAAUGUUAUAUGGACGAAAAGUAAUAGUGAUGGAUUGUGGUAUUUAGGUUUACAAGAGGAAAUGACUAAAAAUUUUGCUUUUAAUCUUUUAACAUUCAUUAUUUUAUUCAACAAUUUAAUUCCCAUUUCAUUGCAAGUUACAUUGGAAGUUGUAAGAUUUGUUCAAGCCACAUUUAUCAAUAUGGAUAUUGAAAUGUACCAUGCAGAAACUGACACUCCUGCAAUGGCUCGUACAAGUAAUCUUAAUGAAGAACUUGGUAUGGUUAAUUAUGUUUUUACCGAUAAAACUGGAACUCUGACAAAAAACGUGAUGGAAUUUAAAAGGUGUUCAAUUGGAGGAAAGAUGUACGAUUUGCCAGAUCCUAUAAAUGAGAAUGAAGGUGGCAGUAGUGCUAAUAGCGAAUUAAUUAAGGACAUUAUCGAAGGAAGAUCAGUACAAGAUUCUUCUCGUCCUGCCGAUAAAAAAGCCGCGUAUCAUGCAAAGAUACUCCACGAGUUUAUGAUCAUGCUCUCAGUAUGUCACACUGUUAUUCCCGAAAAAAUAGAUGAUACUAUCAUAUAUCAUGCUGCAUCUCCUGAUGAAAGGGCAUUAGUAGAUGGAGCACGCAAAUUUAAUUACGUGUUCGAUACAAGAACGCCUAGCUACGUGGAAGUAAUAGCUCUAGGCGAAAGGCUUCGGUACGAAAUAUUAAAUGUAAUAGAAUUCACGUCAGCUAGGAAAAGAAUGUCGGUAAUUGUUAAAACGCCAGACGGAAAAAUCAAACUUUUUUGUAAAGGCGCAGAUUCCGUUAUUUAUGAAAGAUUAUCUCCACCCUCUGUAGAAGAUAAUGAUCCCGAACAGACUGGUUCGAACGACUUUCGUGAUGUAACCUUGGAACAUUUGGAAGCGUUUGCAACUGAAGGUCUAAGAACACUUUGUUUCGCUGCUGCGGAUAUACCUGAAACUUUGUAUCAGUGGUGGCGAGAAACUUAUCACAAUGCAACAAUUAGUUUAGCAAAUCGUGAAAGUAUGAUCGAAAACGCCGCGAAUCUUAUCGAAACAAAAUUAAGGUUAUUAGGGGCGACUGCUAUCGAAGAUCAAUUACAAGAUCAAGUACCAGAAACGAUACAGUCUCUUCUACAAGCUGAUAUUAAUGUAUGGGUAUUAACUGGUGACAAGCAGGAAACUGCUAUUAAUAUUGGCUACUCUUGUAAAUUGAUUACUCAUGGAAUGCCAUUGUAUAUUAUUAAUGAACUAUCUUUAGAUAAAACUAGAGAGGUUAUAAUUCAACGUUGUCUUGAUUUUGGGAUCGAUCUAAAAUGUCAAAACGAUGUAGCUCUCAUCAUCGAUGGGAAUACAUUAGACUUCGCAUUAUCCUGUGAUAUUAGAAUGGAUUUUCUGGAUUUAUGUUCAUCUUGUAAAGUUGUUAUAUGUUGUAGAGUUUCACCAAUGCAAAAGGCAGAGGUUGUCGAUUUAAUUACGAGUAAUAAAAAAGCCGUCACACUUGCAAUCGGAGAUGGCGCAAAUGAUGUAGCCAUGAUUCAGAAAGCUCAUAUUGGUGUUGGAAUUUCAGGCGUUGAAGGUCUUCAGGCAGCUUGCGCUUCAGACUAUUCUAUCGCGCAGUUUCGUUUUCUGAAACGUUUAUUAUUUGUCCAUGGUUCUUGGAACUAUAGCAGAAUGUGUAAAUUGAUACUAUACUCGUUUUACAAAAAUAUUUGCCUCUACGUUAUUGAAUUGUGGUUUGCUAUUUCCUCCGGCUGGUCCGGACAAAUCCUUUUUGAACGAUGGUCUAUAGGUCUCUAUAAUGUUGUCUUUACGGCAGCACCUCCAUUAGCGAUGGGACUUUUUGAUAAAGUAUGUUCCGCAGAGACUCAUUUAGCUCAUCCUGCAUUGUAUGCAACAAAGAAUACUGGGGAAUCUUCGUUUAAUAUUAAGGUGUUUUGGAUUUGGAUCGCAAAUGCUUUAAUACAUUCGUCUCUUCUCUAUUGGUUGUCGUUGAUGGUUCUGAAAGAAGGCGUCAUCUGGUCGAACGGUAGAGAUGGUGGAUAUAUAAUGCUAGGGAAUUUUGUGUAUACUUAUGUUGUAGUGACUGUAUGUGGGAAGGCAGGUUUAAUAAUAAAUUCUUGGACGUGGGUUACUCAUGUAGCAACGUGGGGAUCUAUUGCGCUUUGGUUCUUAUUUAUUUUGAUUUACAGCAAUUUCUGGCCUGCUUUGAACGUGGGAGCUGUAAUGGUGGGUAACGAUCGGAUGUUGUUUUCGUCACCCGUAUUUUGGCUGAGUUUGAUACUUAUACCAUCGGCAGUACUGCUCUUGGAUGUUACAGUUAAAGCAGUGAAAAAUACAAUAUGGAAGUCUGUAACCGCGGCAGCCAGGGAAAACGAAAUUAGAAAAUCUGAUCCCGGAGACAUAUUCAACAGCCAUGAUUACAGAAGCUCAUUGACGGAGACGGCUCGGCUACUGAAAAACGUAAAAAGCGUUUUCACCAGGCGAUCAAACGCCGCCUCCAGAGUUAAUGUCGAGGUGGAGCUAUCACAAUACAGCAUACCCCUGAUCGACGAUGACGAGAUUAACAAUGGCGACGGAUUGUUCGAAGAGUACCUAAGUUGCGUUGAGAAACCUGAACAUUUCUAUGGAAGACUUUAAUUAAUAAGGUUCUUCGAUAUAAUACGUAACAAUUCUACCUCGAUUCGUACAAUGGUGACGAACUCUAUUUUCAAAAAUUUUGUUGCCUCGUUAAUUUACAGUUGUUAUACUUUUAACCUUUAAAUUAUUAUUUAUAAAUAUUUUGUACAAGGUUCGCCACCAUACUUUUGAUACUUUCCCACCAGUAUCUUUAGCAUUCUUUCACUUCGUCCUUUUUCUACUUUAAUACUCUCGAUCAAGUGAUCAUCGGCGGUUCCAGUUUCAUACUAAUAAAGAAGUUCUCUCGA